CAAAAUAUUUUGAAUUCUCCAUUUAUUUUCAUAUUCUAUCAUAUAUUUUUUAAAGAAAAUAAUCAAGAUAUACACAUUUUAUAACUUCAUAAAUCGUUUGACACAGAAGAGAAUCGAUAAACUAUAAAUCUGCAAUGUUUAAUAUUAUUACGAAAUGCUUUUAGGUAAAAGAUGAUAUGAUAGCAAGUGUGUUUUUUGGACUUAUAAAAGUGAGUAGCACCUAGUGGGGGGAGAGAGAGAGAAAGAGAAACAAAGAGAGCGAUAAAGAGAUGGGUGGAGAAGAGAGAUCAGGAGAUGGAGAAAAAAGAGGGGAAGAAGUAGUUGAUGCUGGUUCUCUCUUCGUCCUUAAAUCCAAAGGUACGUUUUAUUAAUUAUGAAAUCUAUGAAACUUAACGUAUACUAUUAUAACCCAUUUGAAGAAGAUAUGAUGAUGAUGAUGAUGGAAACUAGGGACAUGGUGGCACUGCGGAUUCCACUUGACGACGUCUAUAGUGGCGCCUGCGCUACUGAGUCUACCGUACGCCUUCAAGUUCUUAGGAUGGGCUGCCGGGAUAUCUUGUCUGGUCGGAGGAGCAGCCGUUACUUUCUACUCGUACACUCUUCUUUCUCUUACUCUCGAACACCACGCUUCUCUCGGCAACCGUUACCUCCGCUUCCGUGACAUGGCUCAUCACAUCCUCAGUAAUUCUUUUUCUUUUUACAUUUGCUCUUUCCUAUAAUCAAAGCUGCGACAAAUUUACCUUAAGAGAAUUUCAUUCAAGAUUGAGAUGUAUAGUUGUACGUAGACAUACGUGUCUAUAUGAACUUCUAUACGUAAUAAUUGACACACGGCCGGUACCACUCCAAUAAUUUCAUCCACGCAAUAAAGGAAGGUACAUGUCCUACGUAAUAAUUUGUUUGAACAAAAAAAAAAGUUAAUUUUUGUGUGAAAACGCGAGAUGGAAUACUUAUAAUCACGUUUGCUAUUACGAACAACGGAAUUUUAUAAGAAACCAAGUAAACAUUGGUAUGAGCUCAACUUUUGUUCGUGGUUGGUUAAUAUCACAAUAUAUGUAUUGUGUAAACCUAUGAUUUUUAAAAAAAUACUUUUCUAUACUGUUUGGUCUUGUUUCGAAUUAUAAGAAGAAAAAAAACUAAUCAUAUGGAAUUCAUAUUAUAGUGAAUUUUUUGAUAUGGCUUGCUUCGGUUCAAUUUUGUUGGGAUCCGGAUCGAAGUGUUGACCAUUCCACAUUUCCACUCAUACCACUGUUAAGUUUCAACUUUUUCAUGCGUUAGAUAGCUGUCUCUUUCCGUGUCUUGUUUCAUUUUUGAUGCAGAAAUUUGUCUUUCAAAACUAAUUUCAAUUUUUAAAAAUAUGUGCGUGUCAGAAGAGUAUUCAUAAAACGUUGGUGCCGACCAAAAUUUAAUCUUAUAUAAGUAAAGUUGGAUAGGUUCGAUCUGCUUUCAAAAGUAGAAUAUUCUAAAUUUCAGAUCCUACAUAGGAUUCGAUCCAAAUUAGGAUAGUUACGCUUUGACUGUCGACUACCAAGGAAAUCCACAUGUCAACAAAACUUUUAAGACAAAAUUUAACGUAUUUAUCUAUGCAAAAACUACAAAAUGAUGAGAAAAAAUUGAUUGAAAUUUUUUAUCUUACUGGAUAAUUCUGUUUUAGUAGCUAAUAUGAAACUAAAUCCAUUAUGCAUCGAAUCAUCGAUUUGGAUUUUAGUUUUCAUUAGAGUACACCGCUAAUCUGAAGGAUUUAUAGGAAUUCGAUUUAGCCCACUUUUUCGGGACUGUAUACAACUUUAAUUAGGAUAAGGUAAAGUAUAAUACAGGUUCCGAAUGUUUGAUUAGUUAAGAUCAGUUUGGUUUUCCUCUUAACAAUUAUUGGGGUGUGUUUGAUAAGGUCCGAAAUGGGGAAGGUACUACGUUGGACCAAUACAAAUGGCGGUGUGCUAUGGUGUGGUUAUUGCCAAUGCGCUCUUGGGAGGGCAAUGCCUAAAGGCAAUGUACUUGGUAGUGCAGCCAAAUGGGGAAAUGAAACUCUUUGAGUUUGUGAUUAUUUUUGGAUGCUUACUUUUGGUUUUGGCACAAUUCCCAUCCUUUCACUCUCUACGAUACAUCAACUCACUGUCUCUCCUCCUCUGCCUCCUCUACAGUGCUUCUGCCGCUGCUGCAUCCAUCUACAUUGGAAAAGAACCAAAUGCACCAGAGAAGGACUAUACUAUAGUUGGUGAUCCAGAAACUAGAGUGUUUGGAAUCUUUAAUGCUAUGGCUAUUAUUGCUACUACAUACGGCAAUGGCAUUAUACCUGAAAUUCAGGCAACAAUAUCGGCACCAGUGAAAGGAAAAAUGAUGAAAGGGUUGUGUAUGUGUUACCUUGUAGUAAUAAUGACAUUUUUCACAGUAGCCAUCACAGGAUAUUGGGCAUUCGGUAAAAAAGCCAAUGGACUUAUCUUCACCAAUUUCUUAAAUGCCGAGACAAACCAUUACUUUGUCCCUACUUGGUUUAUUUUUCUCGUCAAUCUCUUCACUGUCCUUCAACUUUCGGCCGUUGCUGUGGUAUACCUACAACCUAUAAACGAUAUUUUGGAAAGUGUGAUCAGCGAUCCAACAAAGAAAGAAUUCUCUAUCCGCAAUGUCAUCCCUCGACUAGUUGUGCGUUCCCUCUUCGUCGUGAUGGCUACAAUCGUUGCGGCAAUGCUUCCAUUUUUUGGAGAUGUAAACUCCUUGUUAGGCGCUUUCGGUUUUAUACCUCUAGACUUCGUUCUUCCUGUAGUUUUCUUCAACUUUACUUUCAAGCCGUCUAAAAAAAGUUUCAUUUUUUGGAUCAACACUGUGAUCGCCGUGGUUUUUUCGUGUUUAGGGGUGAUUGCUAUGGUAGCGGCGGUUAGACAGAUUAUAAUAGAUGCCAAUACGUAUAAGUUGUUUGCGGAUGUAUAAAAGAACAUGCAAAGCAAAGUGAGAUUGUUAUUUCUAUAUUUAAGAAUAAGCCUUUUUUUUUCUUAGAAAAA